CCUACAUCCGUUCUUGCCACCAUCUGCGACGCAUUCAGUCAACAUCGACUGUCGGCCUGGUUUAGCCAUGCCUCUGACACUCGAUCCGACACUCUACCUCCCCCCGCCCCUCGAGACCGGCAUCUCCCCCAAGGCGGCCAACGCGCUCGCGCUCGUGUUCGCGGCCUCAUAUGUCGGGAGCUUGUAUGUAGCUCCGCUCGUCUUCCCUUGGGCUGGCCGUACGCCCAAGGGCGACAGCACCACCGCUGAAGAUGCGGCAAGCCACAUCCCCGUAGGACACCGCGACCACCCAGCUACUAUGAAGAUGCGCAUGCGCGCAGUCAGCAUGGCCACGAGACUCAGCAUUCUUGGCGUGUACUGGACAGUCAAGCAGGUUGGCGGGUACGACGUCCGCGGCGCCCUUGUCCCCACUCUCCGCCUUCUAGGUCUCCAUUCGGCAGGCAGCCAGAUGCCCCUCGCGUAUCUGCUCGCGCCCACUCUCUUCCUUGGCCCCCUCUUCGCAUCCUGGCUGGAUUGCACCUUGCCUGGUCAAGCCCACUUUGGGCAGUGGCGUUGGGGGCUGGCUGAGCGGCGCAACUACCUUGUGGGUCCUGUCACCGAGGAGCUUCUCUUCCGCUCGUGUAUCCUGGCCGUGUCCAUUCUCGGUGGCCUUCCCGCUUCUUGGCUCGUCUUCGGCACACCUCUCUGGUUCGGCCUGGCGCAUGCGCAUCACGCUCUUCAAACAUAUCGCGACGGGGGAAGGACGCGUGACGCCCUCUGGCGCGCAGGCCUGGGAUGCCGUAUGUUUACUCCGCAGCAGCUAACCCCAGUUUUCCAGAUGUCGUACACCACGCUCUUCGGCUGGUUCGCGUCGUACCUAUACAUCCGCACAGGCUCAGUCCUUCCACCCGUCAUCUCGCACAUCUUCUGCAAUGUCAUGGGCAUUUACGGCCCCGGCACAGCCUCGCGCCGCCACCCGAAGAACAAGCUCGCCAUCUCAGUCGCGUAUCUCGCCGGCAUCGCGGGCUUUAUUUGGGGCCUAACGAAGCUCUGAACCUGACCCAGGUUGUUCACCGUCUUGUCCUCUUGGUGAUGUGGUGGUCAUCUGCCCCGGUUUCGCGCAACACUGCCCUCGUUUUCUGAAUCCUAUCUCUCGGUACGCAGCAUGCACGAUGAUUCCGCGCCUCGCUGCGAUUGGCAGAGUGUAGGAUUGCCUGUGUCGGCGGAAGCUCGUGCAUCGUACACCAAUAUACCCCAACGGAAGACC